AUGGAAAGCAACAAAUUAGAGGUAACUUUUUUUUCUUUUGGCGAUCUAUAUAUUAUUUACAUCAUCUUUGUCUGCACUCAAUCACUGACACUUUCUUUCUUUCUUUCUUUCUUUCUUUCUUUCUUUGCCUUUGUUCUCUCUUUUCGUCUUCUGAUUUUCUUUCUUUCUUUUUUCCUUCUUUCUUUGCCUUUGUUCCCUCUCUUUCACUUCGUCUCAUUUUCUUUCUUUCUUUCUUUCUUUCUUUCUUUCUUUCUUUCUUUCUUUGCCUUUGUUUCCUCUCUUUGUCUCCUUCUCAUUUUCUUUCUUUCUUUCUUUCUUUCUUUCUUUUUUGUUUCUCCUUCUCAUUUCUCCUUCUCAUUUUUCUUUCUUUCUUUCUUUCUUUCUUUCUUUCUUUCUUUCUUUUACUUUGCCUUUGUUUCCUCUUUUGUCUCCUUCUCAUUUUUUUCUUUCUUUCUUUCUUUCUUUCUUUCUUUCUUUUUCUUCUUCUCAUUUACUUUCUUUCUUUCUUUGCCUUUUUUCCCUCUCUUUGUCUUCUUUUUUCUUUCUUUCCUUCUUUCUUUCUUUGCCCCAGUUCCCUCUUGUUGUUUUCUUCUCGUUUUCUUUUUCUUUCUUUCUUUCUUUCUUUCUUUCUUUCUUUCUUUCUUUCUUUCUUUACCUUUCUUCCCUGUCUUUGUCUUCUUCUCAUUUUCUUUCUUUCUUUCUUUCUUUCUUUCUUUCUUUGUCUUCUUCUUCUCAUUUUCUUUCUUUCUUUCUUUCUUUCUUUCUUUCUUUCUUUCUUUCUUUCUUUCUUUCUUUCCCGUUCAUUUCUUUUAUUGUCCUUAA